AUGACUAUAUAUUUAGAGACGAAUAUCAAGUACCAAAUCAAAGAACUUCAAGCCCAAUUAGCCGCCCGAAACAAAAGUCUUUCGCACCAUCAACUUGUCGUCCGGGAAGCGGAAUUGAAUAUAAAUCAAUGCGAAUCUAGAAUGAAGAUGUUGAAGACUAAGAUUGCGCGACUUCACAACUUCCAAAAGACAUCGGCUGACCGACAGCUCUGGAUCACGGCAAAACAACAUACCAAGUUCUACAAUGCCCUGUCUACAUCAAUAGAAGAACAAAAGAAUAUCGGAAUUGCCAAACAAUAUUAUCAAGACCAGAUAAAGAAGUCCGGAAAACAAGCAUGUGUAGAUCAUGCUCACAUUACUGGUAUAAAGCGUGGAAUAUUCUAUCUCAAGAAAGAGCUGUACCGAUAUCAAAGAGAACCGACACCAACGGACAUAGAAUAA